ACCCAGCAAGACAAAAAAGUCUCGACCUCGUUGUUCUAGAGCCUCUCCCUAAAAAACUUAUUCCAUGGUAGAGUUAUAAAAUCCAAGCAUUGCUUAUAGAUCACCGCACCACAACUGAAACCUCAGCAAAGAUUGGAACUUUUUCCAAAACCCAUCGUACUUUCUCUCAUUUUCUCUCGGAAAAUUUAGCAACUUUAUCAUCCUUAAGAACUUUAGCAAGGAGUUUUAACAUGGUCGCAAACCGUAAUAUGAGAGACAAAGACUCCAAUCCUAAUGUCCAUGAGAGACAAAGCUUUAAUGGAAGCUUUGUAUCAAUGGAGGAGCCAAAGCCAGAGACAAGGGCAGGGCCUGGUUUGAUUUCUUGUACUACUUUCAAUAUUCUGGCGCCAAUCUACAAACGAAUCGAUCAACAGAAUCAAGGGCUUCGUGAGAGUCAAUUCAGCUCAUUCUGGGUGACUAGGAAUCAGAAGAUUUUGGAUUGGUUACUGUAUGAAUCGUCUAGUAUUGUAUGUCUCCAGGAGUUCUGGGUUGGAAAUGAAGAAUUUGUGAAUAUGUACCUGAAGAGGCUUGGUGAUGCUGGCUAUAGUACCUUCAAGCUUGCCCGAACUAACAACCGUGGAGAUGGUCUUCUGACUGCUGUUCGAAGUGAUUGCUUUAGAGUUCUGAAUUAUCGAGAGUUGCACUUCAAUGAUUUUGGAGACCGUGUUGCCCAGCUAUUACAUGUUCAAUUAACUGCUCCCUUCUCACAAAUCCAGAGAGGCAACCUUCAACAAGAAAUUCUUAUUGUGAACACUCACUUGUUAUUCCCUCAUGAUUCCAGUCUUUGUAUUGUAAGAUUGCAUCAGGUUUACAAAAUUUUGCAAUUUGUGGAGGCUUAUCAAAAUGAAAACAAGCUAAACCAUAUGCCCAUCAUACUCUGUGGUGACUGGAAUGGAAGCAAGCGUGGACAUGUAUACAAAUUCCUUAGAUCACAGGGGUUUGAAUCAACAUAUGACACUGCUCAUCAAUAUACCGACAAUGACGCCCACAAGUGGGUUAGCCACCGCAACCAUAGAGGAAACAUAUGUGGAGUGGACUUCAUUUGGCUUUGUAAUCCUAACAAGUCCCGUAAACCAUUGAAGACUAGUUGGUGUGAAGCUGUUUUCGGAAUAUUAAGGCGCCAGCUUCGAAAAGCUUCAAUGGCUGAAAAUGAUGCAUUUGCCUUUUUGAAGGGCGACAACCAUGUUGAUUUUAUUACUUCCUUAGCUUUUUGUGAAGCACUCCGUCAGGUUAAUUUGAUUGGUCAUCCAUCCGGACUGGGUUUCCAGGAGACCAGGGAUCUCUGGAUCCAAGCAGACACAGAUGCAAAUGGUGUCCUUGAUUAUGAAGAAUUCAAGAAUAUGAUCUGGAGCUGUACAGGGUCAGACCAAAAGGAAAGCCUCACUGGGAGUAGAAAGGAGUCUGAGGAAGACAGUAAGGAAGCGCUUGGAUUCAAGGUGAAGAACGCUGUUCUUUACCCAAGUGAGGCAGAGAAGGGAAUAUGGCCUGAAAACUAUACACUGUCGGAUCAUGCUAGAUUGACCGUUGUACUUUCACCAGAAAACAUGUGGUGUUGUUCUUAGUCAUAAAUCUUUCUCAAGAGACUUGUGGAUUGGUGGAGCAGAAAGGGAUUUGUACAAUCUGUAGGAACCUUGUAUAGCCGACACAGACCAAUCCCUUCUGGGCUCCAGGUUCACCAGUGUUGUGCAUGGUCUGAGGAAAAUGAAAAAAAAGUUGGUCUUUGUUCCAAUGUACUGUUUCUGGGUAGCCUUAGCGAGUUUUAUUUAGGCAAGGAGUAGAAACAACUGGAUUUUGAAGACCUCUAUAUCAAAGCCCUGUUCUUUAUAUU